AUGCCAAAAGAACAGCAAAAUGAUUCAAAUUCCAUGGUUACAAUCAAGCCAAAUUAUUCCCCUUCAAAAAAAUUGCACAAGAGACGUGAAAUUCCUAAAGAGGAUCAAUAUCAAAUGUUUGACAAUGAUUCUGAUGAUGAUUUGGAUGAUACAGUACUGAUAUAUGAUGUCCCAUUAUCUCAAUCUUUGGUUCAACUGACCACUCAUCAAAAACCGAUCCAACCAAGACUACAUUCCCUAGCAUCUGAUACAACACAUACUUCAUCAAUAAUGAGCUCACAAUACUCAUUAGAUUCAGAAUCUGACCUAGAUACUGCACUAUUCACAGAUGCUAAAUCAAUAGCCUUGGAAAUGUCUCGUUCAAAAUCUGUUUUAGCUAUUCAAGAAUCUACAAUGAGACGUCAUUUAAUUGCAAAUUUUGAUCGUCCAAAAAGUUUAGAUAGCUCACUACCUUCAAGUCAUCUUAAAGAGAAAUUCAUAUCAGGUACAAGACAAACAGAUCUACCUCCAAAGGAUAAAUUAGAAACUGCAAAACAUUUGAAAGAGUUUCAAGAUAUAAAGACAAAAGCUAUAAGGAAUGAAUUGAAGAAUGAAAAGGAAACUUUGAAAGAAUUGGAAAAAAGAAGAAAACAAAAAGCUCAAGAUUUGUCAAGUUGGCAAAAUUCUGUGAUUCCAGAUUUCAAAAAACAAGUCCAAUUAGCUGAAACAAGAGAAUUAUGGUGGAGAGGUAUUCCUCCAAAAUUACGUCAAUUUAUAUGGACAGAACAAAUUGGAAUUCAUUUACCAUCUGAAUAUUUAUCAAAUUUGAAAACUAAGAGUUUGAAACUGAUUGAUCUUCAAGAUGAUCUAGUUCAAACUAUUGAUAAAGAUAUAAGGUCAAUCUUCCCAGAUAUGCCAAUUUUCCAAACCUCAUUAUAUGAAAAACUUCAAUUGAUUUUGGUGAUGUACUCUCAACACAAGAGUUAUCAAAGGGGACUAAGCACACUAGCUGCGGUCUUGUUAUACAAUAUUGGUGAUUUUGAAUCGACUUUUGCAUGUCUAUUAGGUCUUUUACAAAGAACCGUGAUGAAAUUACUGUACAAUAAUGAAAAAGAUCAAUUUAAUAUAGAGGCUAGUUCAUUCCUUAGAACUUUCCAAAAGAAAAUGCCGGAAUUAUAUCAUCAUUUCCAAUUGAAAUUGAAAAUGGAACCUUGGACAUACUUAGAACCUUUGAUUAAACCAAUUUUUUCAAACCAUCUACCAUUGGAGAUUGUUUCGAGCAUUUUGGAUGUUUAUAUCUUUGAAGGUGAUUCAAUCCUUUGGAGAUGUGUGUUGGGUUUGUUUAAGAAAAUUGGCUAUAAAUUAUUUGGUGAUGAAGAUGAGAUCUUGGAUGUCAUUGGCUGGAAUGCUUUGAACAAAAUUAAUAAGGGGAAAUCUCAAUGGUAUAAAUAUUUGGAUGUUGGUGAUGAAGUGGAAUUUAUAAACACUGUUAGAGAAGUGCUUAAAAAGAAAUAA